AUGUCAUAUACAGUUAAUACCGACGUUUGUCUAUUUGAUUUAGACGGUACAAUUGUAAACACAACCGUUGCUGCAGAAUCAGCAUGGAGAAAACUUUGCAAACAAUACGAUGUCAAUCCGGAUGAACUAUUUAAAGUUUCACAUGGUUCAAGGACUGAAGAAAUGCUAGCAAGAUUUUUCCCAGAGGUUGAUAAUACCGAUAGUAAAGGUGUCCAUGAAUUAGAGAAAGAUAUUGCCGAUAAUUAUUUGGAGACAAUUAGAUUAAUCCCUGGUGCCAAAGAAUUAUUACUUGCAUUAGAUAGUAACCCACAGGUUCCUAAUGUUAAUCAUAAUACUUUAGGAAAAAGAAAAUGGGCAAUUGUUACUUCUGGUACAAGAUAUAUCGCUUUUUCUUGGUUUAAGACUAUUCUAAAAGAAGUCGGUAAACCAAAGGUUUUCAUCACUGGUGAAGACGUUCCUGUAGGUAAACCAAACCCAAUGGGUUACAACACCGCUAAAGAACAACUCUCCAGCAUACUGAAUGUAGACAAGGAUAAAUGCCGUUCAGUUGUGUUUGAAGAUGCACCUGUAGGUAUCAAAGCAGGUAAUGCAAUGGGUGCUACCACUAUUGGUAUCGCAUCCUCAUACCCUGCUGAGAAAUUAGUUGAAGCAGGUGCAGACUACGUGGUCGAGGAUCUAACUCAUGUUACUGUUGUUAAUAAUACAGAAACUGGUUGUAUUUCUUUACAAAUUACGAACCCAAUUGCUCACAAGGCUUAA